CAGGUCACCGCCCGUUUUCAGCUCUUGGAAGUUCCUGGACUAAUCAGCGCUCGCCUCCGUGUGUUCAGCCAUUUUGUAAGAAAAUCAAGCAAGUCUGCCGCCCUACCUUCGCUUCAGACCUGCAGUUUUUUUCUUGUGCAAUGGACGGCCGCCUAGACGCUGACUUGUACCCUCUGGGAUCCGGCUACGUCCCUGAAAUUGACAGUGUCCAUGACAUAUCAGCUGGCACAAAGAGGGGAUCCGACGAACUCUUUUCUUCCUGCAUAUCCAACGGACCCUAUAUCAUGAACUCAGCCAAUGGCAACGACAGCAAAAAAUUCAAAGGUGACGUCCGCAGUCCUGGUGUUCCAUCACGUGUGGUCCAUGUACGCAAGCUGCCCAACGACAUAAAUGAGGCUGAAGUUAUUGGCCUGGGACUGCCCUUUGGGAAGGUCACUAAUUUGCUGAUGCUGAAAGGGAAAAACCAGGCAUUCUUGGAACUGAACAGCGAGGAGUGUGCACAGACGAUGGUGAGCUACUACUCCUCUGUUACCCCUGUCAUCAGAAACCACCCCAUUUACAUGCAGUACUCAACCCACAAAGAGCUCAAGACGGACAACUCCCCAAACCAAGUGCGUGCCCAGGCAGCUCUGCAGGCAGUUAAUGCCCUUCAUGGAGGAGGAAUGGGAAGUGUGGCCAUUUCUGCUGAUGCUGGUAGCAUGGCUGGAGCAGUGGCAGCCCAAAGCCCUGUGCUCAGGGUCAUAGUGGAAAACCUCUUCUAUCCUGUUACACUGGAUGUACUCCACCAGAUUUUCUCUAAAUUUGGCACAGUGCUGAAGAUCAUCACUUUUACCAAGAACAACCAGUUCCAGGCUCUCAUCCAGUAUGCUGAUGCCAUGACAGCGCAGCAUUCCAAGAUGUCUCUGGAUGGGCAAAACAUCUACAAUGCUUGCUGUACUCUGAGAAUCAGCUUCUCCAAGCUUACCAGCCUCAACGUCAAGUACAACAACGACAAGAGCAGGGACUACACCCGACCAGACCUUCCGACUGCAGAUUCACAGCCCUCCAUUGACCACCAGACCAUGGCAGCAGCUGCGUUUGCUGCACCAGGUAUAAUCUCAGCCUCUCCCUAUGGUGGCGCUCAUGCCUUCCCCCCAACCUUUGCUAUUCAGCAGGCAGGUCUCUCAGUACCCGGUAUUCCUAGUGCCUUGGCGUCCCUCGGUGUGGGCCCCACUGGCAUGGCGGCGGCAGCGGCGGCCGCUAGCCGGCUCGGCCUGUCAGGGCUUGCUGCCGCUGGGGGCCACAAUGUCUUGUUGGUCAGCAAUCUGAACCCUGAGAGCGUUACGCCACACUGCCUCUUUAUUCUUUUCGGUGUGUAUGGCGAUGUGAUGAGAGUGAAGAUCCUGUUCAAUAAAAAGGAGAAUGCUCUAAUCCAGAUGUCUGAUGGCACACAGGCUCAACUAGCUAUGAGCCACCUGAAUGGCCAGCGUCUUCAUGGCAGGGCCAUGCGUGUGACGUUGUCAAAACACACAACAGUGCAGCUUCCCAGAGAAGGCCACGAGGACCAGGGCCUCACAAAGGAUUUCAGCAACUCUCCACUGCACCGUUUUAAGAAGCCUGGCUCCAAAAACUACUCCAACAUUUUUCCACCCUCUGCAACACUCCACCUCUCCAACAUACCGCCUUCUGUGGUGGAGGAUGAUCUCAGGAGGCUAUUUGCCAGCUCAGGAGCAACAGUCAAGGCCUUCAAGUUCUUUCAAAAAGAUCGCAAGAUGGCUCUUAUUCAGAUGGGCUCAGUCGAGGAGGCAAUAGAGUCCCUCAUUGAGUUCCACAACCAUGAUCUGGGGGAAAACCACCAUCUUCGAGUGUCCUUCUCCAAGUCCACCAUCUGAGUGCCUUUCCUUUCAUCCUCCAAGUCUGUUGCCAUCUGAAUGCUACCACUCUCGAGGUUGCAUUCAGUGGAAAUGGCCACCAUUACCUAUUUAUAGCUGUUUCUUUGAUGAAUGUUGCUCCUUUCACACCAAUUUAUUCACCGUCAUUAAUAGGUUCAACAUUGUUUAUUCAUUGUGAUUCUCUUCUAAGCUUAAGAAAAUGGGGGGGGCAACUUAAUUUUUUGUUGGUUGAUGUUGUAAAGUCUUAAGUUGAUGUCAAAGCUUUUUAAAUUAAAGUGUAGAAAAAUGACUGCCAUAAACUGGUAGAUGACUUCUGUAGAUCUAUUGACUUUUCAAAGUGGGGAAAGCAGGGAUGUAUUAAUGAGGGCUCCACUUAGGUAGGUCCUAUUUUUAAUACAAGCUGUUUCACAGUAAUCAUUAUACCUUUGCUUCCCCACUGGGACAACUCAGAAUGCCUGUUAUUAAAAAACACCUAUUCUUCUGCGUUAUCCUUAAAAGAAAAGCUCCUGAAUUUGUACACUGGCAUCCUUUCAUGACUUACUAAACAUUGCCCGUUUAAUUUAUCUGUUUAUCUGACAGCAUUCUGUCAUUUAGAGACUCCUUGCUUAAACUCUAGCGUUUGUUCUCACAAAUCCACAACAAUGACGGAGAGAGCCACAAUACCUGCAAAAGACUUGUGUGAACAAGUACUGUCAGUAGCAAUGCCAGCGAGGUGUAGCCGCACUUUGGAAUAUUCUUUCUGCCAUUGUCACUAAGAGCAGGGUGUGUUUGUUGCACAAUGCUGAUCAUAGGACUGUACACCGCUCCUCCCACAGACACUCAGAGAUCUCUCAUAGAUGUUCGAAAUAUGCAAAAUGUUACUAUCUACAUUAUUGCUGUUUAAGGCAUUCUCUAGUGAGCUGUGCAUCUAACAGAUGUACUAGAGACAUGCACAGUGAUAAUGCUGUGACUGCACGCGCUCGUGUGUUGAAAGUCUUACAUAAGGUCCAACCUAGUAAGAGUGCUGUUACAGCUUUUGUGGGUUAAGUGGCUAGGGUGUUCAUUUAACACAAACCCGACACCUUUGGAUGCUGUCAGAUUAUUGGAAGGGAUUGCAUGUCUGAAAGGGGCUUAUCGUGUUGUCCUUUAAGCUUUGUUACACUUGCUAGCUCUUGUAACAAUGGAAACGCAUGCAUUCUUGCAAAUGAAACUAUUCAUCUAAAACUUGAUAAAAGCUUUAUUAGGAGGUCGGGAUCAAAUCCAGUCUAACAUUUAAUAAUAUUCCCCCCCCCCCCACAUAAGUUUGCAUAUGGGGUCCUGGGAAAGAGGCAACAUUCUACAAUGAAACAUGUUUGUAUUUUCUUUUUCUUUUUAAAUUGGAGGUAAAGUAGAGGCAGCUGUUGAACUGUCCUUUUGAGACCAAAUCACUUAAACACCCUCCGCCACAGAUGUAUGCUUAUGUGGAUGAAUUGUAUCCGCACCAGACACACUUCAGCAUUCCUUUUUAUUACAGUAGUUGUGUUGAGAUACGUGUGUGUGUGUGUUUGCCUUUUUGAAAUGCCACUUAGAACCUGUUUGGCCAGUGAGAAACGGUUUGAGACAAAGGAUUAAGUUUUGACUCUGAGACCAUAAAACUUAUUUCCCAGCAUCCAUUUUUAUUUUACUGUGUGACUUUCCACCUAUUUACUUCUGGGGAUCCAUACCACUAUCAAAGGUUAUUCAAUAGUCCUGUUUCACAGCAGCUGUUUUAAUGUGAAAUGGAAGUAAACACAAGUGUUACUAAUGAUAUUAAUGAAGGUUUAAGUGCAGAGCCACAGUUAAUGUGAUUAACAACACCCUCCUAUUUCAUAACAACAUCACUGCUAUGAAAGAGGUCUGGUUGAAUGCAUUCUUUCGCUGUCUUUCUCUCUACAGUCUUGUGCCUUACUUUGAAUUUGUUCCAGACAGAUUUGCUCUGGCUUAAUUUGGUAAUAUAUGGCUCUCAAUUUUUAUUUUAUUUUUUUUGUCCUUUGGUUUGUACCAGCAUUGUUAAAAUGGGGAAAAGUGGCUCAUUUAAUCUUCUGUUUCUUGUUUAAAAAAACAAACAAAUGUUUAUCUCUGUAUGCAUAUAGCCCCAUUAUAUGUAUCUAGAAACUAUGAAUGUAAGUCAGUUAGAUGCUUAAUAUCCUUGCUAGGUGAUGUAGCUCUGUUAGGUGUAUCGUUGCAGGUGUAGAGCUGUAUUCAGCCUUUUUGUCUUACAGUCUCCUAUCACUUAGUCCUCAGGACAGUUGUUUGGAGCCUCAUUUAACCACAUUACGUUCAUAUAUAUGUGGACACCUAUAUAUUCAUUUAUCUCUUUUAAAUGUUAAAAUUUACUUGUAUCACUUCUAAGCUUAACUGAUAGCUAUUUGUAGUAGCUGGGUUUGAUCGCUAUCUCAGUGCCUUGACUCCUUAAGUUUUUAAUUUAAGGCUGAAACAGGCACGAUUAGUUGAUUUUGUUUACCUCUCAUUCAGGUGUUUGUAUCUUAGCCUGUCUACAAAGAUGCCUUUAUCCCAUUAUAUUCAGGUAAUCGUACCUGUGAGAGGGCAGCUCUGACUCACUUGUCAAUUGAUGGUAAUAACAGUCUUGAAUGGUGUUUGAAACCCCAGUAUAUCUAUUUUUUUUCCCUUAAAUUUAUGAUACCAGAAUUGCAGGGUGAGAGUCCUCACCCAGUACCCUGUCUGUGUACACUUAUGCCACAGUCAGGUGCGUUUAGUGCACUUUUUUUCUCAACAAUAGAUCCACCACGCUGAAGUCUUACACGUUGUCACAUUCCUGUGUGCCUCAAGCACCAGUUUCCACAGCCUUGACCACUGUUGUCUUGGACCAGAUACAGAUGUGCUCUCUCUAUUUUUGUAAGAUUCUUAUGCAUGAUUUAACAAAGCUUCAUGUAGCUGCAGACGGUUAUUGCUGUUAAGGACCAAAGUAUGUUCUACCCCUGCUGUUUUGUAGCGUUCUGAUUUCUUAGGAGUAUUUUUUUGUCUCGUCUUUCACCCCCACGUUACAACAAAUACGAGGCAGUUCCAAUUUCUAUUCCUCAGAUGCUUUGGAAAAAGUCACAUUAAUUGAAAUUGUCUUUUGAUUAACAACAUAUACUGUAUAUUGUACCCCUUUUGUUUGAUUGACUUUACAAAGAGCCUACUUUGGUAGAGAUCGCUUAGAAUGAAUACUUAAUUGAACCGCAGUCCUAGCUGUGAUGUUGUGUAGAAAAAUUGUAUGCCUUUCAAUUUUGUUAAAAGCUUUUACUUUUCUUUUUCUUUUUUAUAUGGGGGCUGGGGGUGGGGGUAUUGUAUGAAGGGGGUUGAUGGUUGUAUAUAUUCAUGUUUUUGUACCACAAAAUCAUUUGGAGUAUAUCCACAUACGUUCAAAACAUGUAUAUUUUGAUAAAACAGCACAGACCUAUUAAGCUCUCCUGAGCUGUAAAACAGAAAAAAAAACUUUUGUAACACAAAGACAUUAAACCUAUAUGAACACAGAA